AUAAAAUUCACUCUCUCUCUCUAUGAAUUCAUUUGUUCACUGCACCAGAGUUUAUUCAAUCCAUUGAAUUCUCUCCAGGUUAUCUCCCCGAGUAUCCAAAUCCUUCACAUUCAUGGCUUGGAUGCGUUUGAUAACACAGAUUAAUGUAGGGAAUAGGCUUUUCUUCUCCCAGAAGAGAUCGCAGUCGAGCUAUCUAGGAAAUUUGGCUCGGCGAUUACGCGAUUCAGCUGAAGCCGAGGAAGCGUCUUAUCUCAAAGAACUUUACCAUCGAAAUGAUCCUGAAGCCGUGAUUAGAGCAUUUGAAAGUCGGCCGUAUCUUCAUACAAAUUCGGCCGCACUUUCUGAAUAUGUUAAAGCAUUAGUAAAAGUUGAUAGGCUGGAUGAAAGUGAAUUACUCAAGACUUUGCAAAGAGGUAUUUCUAAUUCAAUGGGAAAGGAAGAAAGUAGUAUUGGUGGCCUUGCUGCUCUUAAAAACGUGGGGAAACCGACAAAAUAUGGAAUUCUUGGAACGUCAACUGCUCCAAUUCAUACAGUCUCUGCAUGUAAAGGUGGAAAUUUCAGAGAGCAGCUAUGGCGUACAUUUAGGUCCGUUGCAUUGACCUUCCUCUUGAUUUCUGGUGUAGCAGCUAUCAUUGAGGAAAAAGGAAUUAGUAAAGAAUUUGGUAUGAAUGAAGAAGUGCGGCCCAUUUUGGAGACAAACACUAAGUUUAGCGAUGUGAAAGGUGUGGAUGAGGCAAAGGCUGAACUUGAAGAAAUCGUUCAUUACCUAAGAGAUCCUAAGCACUUUACUCGUCUUGGUGGCAAACUCCCAAAAGGUGUUUUGCUUGUUGGCCCACCUGGCACCGGUAAAACAAUGCUGGCAAGAGCUAUUGCUGGAGAGGCAGGGGUUCCUUUCUUCGCAUGCAGUGCAAGUGAAUUUGAAGAGAUGUAUGUUGGUGUUGGUGCACGAAGGGUGAGAGAUCUUUUCGCUGCUGCAAAAAAGCGGUCGCCUUGUAUAGUCUUUAUUGAUGAGAUUGAUGCCGUCGGUGGAAAACGAAAUGCAAAAGACCAAAUGUACAUGAGGAUGACUUUAAAUCAAUUGCUUGUUGAGUUAGAUGGAUUCAAACAAAAUGAAGGCAUAAUAGUGAUUGGUGCUACUAACUUUCCAGAGUCCCUAGAUAAGGCUUUGGUGAGACCUGGGCGAUUUGAUCGCAAUGUUGUUGUUACCAGCCCAGAUGUAGAAGGACGGCGACAGAUUUUGGAAUCUCACAUGUCAAAGGUUCUGAAAGCGGGUGAUGUUGAUCUGAUGAUCACUGCUCGGUGUACGCCUGGGUUCUCUGGUGCUGACCUUGCAAACUUGGUUAAUGUUGCUGCCCUGAGAGCCGCAAUGGAUGGUGCCAAAGCAGUGAGCAUGAGGGAUUUAGAGUUUGCACGGGAUAAGAUUCUAAUGGGAAGUGAACGCAAGUCGGCUGUUAUAUCUGAGGAGUCAAGAAAGAAUACUGCUUUUCAUGAGGGUGGCCAUGCCUUAGUGGCAAUUCAUACUGAUGGUGCGCUUCCUGUUCACAAGGCAACUAUUGUUCCUCGUGGGAUGGCUCUCGGCAUGGUUUCUCAACUACCUGACAAGGAUGAGACGAGUUACACCCGUAAACAGAUGCUUGCCAGGCUUGAUGUUUGCAUGGGAGGUCGGGUUGCUGAAGAGCUAAUUUUUGGAGAAAGUGAAGUUACUUCUGGUGCAUCCUCAGAUCUUGCAAAGGCAACUUCUUUGGCCAGGGAAAUGGUUACUGAAUAUGGUAUGAGUACUAAAGUUGGACCCGUCACUCACGAUUACUAUGAUGGAAAAAGUAUGAGCUCAGAAACUCGGUUGCUUAUCGAAAAAGAAGUGAAGAACUUGCUUGAGAGAGCUUACAACAAUGCAAAAACUAUUCUAACCACCCAUGAUAAGGAGCUUCACGCCCUCGCAAAUGCUCUUCUAGAACAUGAGACACUUACAGGAAGUCAGAUAAAUGAUUUACUUAGAAAGCUCAAAAGCAGCAACAGCCGCAGUCCCAUGUAGACGAAUCUCAGAGAAGUUUCACGGUCCAAUUUGGCAGCCCGGGCCGCUACGGUUGCAGUUGCCGUGGCCACUGCAGCUGCAGCUUCUGCUUAAGGCUCAAGGAGUUGCCUCAGUAGCCUCUUUAGCGAAGAAGAAAGGUGACACAUGCUUUAAAAAAACGAACUCAACUUGAGUAGAUAGUAAUUUAUUUGGUGUUUUUGUGGGUUUCACUUCAGUAGUGGAACUGGACUCGUGUAAUCAGAAUCAAGUUGACUCCAUAUUUUAGUGAGUUGAAAUAUCUUGUAACAGUUUCCAUUGAUUUGUUUUAAUAAUUA